AUAUAUAUAUAUAUAUAUACACACACACAUACAUACAUACAUACAUACACACACAUACAUACAUACACACACAAGCAUAAGUACAAAGAAUUUCAGAUGUAGGCAAACAGUUAAGGAGGAAAAAUUGUUGUUUGGGAAAAACUGAAAUAUUUUAAUUAAAACUGUAUACAGUGCUUAUAGACAAUGUAGCGUUGCUAAGGCACGUGCGGGGUUUUUUUAUGAUUGACACUCAUAACUCCGCCCACUCGGACCCUGAGCUGAAAAUGAGUGCAGCUGGAUAACAGCAUCAAAACAGAGAGGAGAAAGUCCACGGAUCGGAUGAGGCGCUUAUAGACAGCGAAUGUUUGGGUUUGUUUAGGGAUUUUGAAUAUAAAUAUAUUACCUGAGGUUCAGUAUGGACGUGCUGAAAUCAGCCAGAAGGGUUAUGCAGAGUCCGAGUGUCUCCAAGCAACCGUGGCACGCCGCUAAACAUAAAAAGCUUCCAGAGAACUGGACAGACACAAGGGAUACCCUUGUGGAUGGCAUGACCUUUAACCUCAGGCACAUGGGAAUGACUCUUGUUGACCAGCCCAAAGGUGAAGAUGUGUCAGCCGCUGCCAUCAAAAGGAUCGUUUCAACGACUAAAGCUAGUGGCAAGAAGCUCCUUAAGGUGACGCUUACAGUCUUUCCUCAGGAAAUGCUUAUUUACGACCGUGUCUCCAAUCAGCUUAUAGAGCGCAUCUCUAUAUACAGAAUAUCGUAUUGCACAGCCGACAAAACGCAUGACAAAGUGUUUGCCUACAUCGCUCAGAACCAGCGAAACGAGACGCUGGAGUGCCACGCAUUCCUCUGUGCCAAGAAGAAACUGGCUCAGGCUGUGACACUCACCGUAGCUCAAGCCUUCAACGUGGCCUUCGAGUCCUGGCAGCUCGACAGAGAAGAUGCAGUUAAAGAGAACAUUUUGGACUUUGAGGAUUGCCCCAAAGUUCACAUGGAAGAAACGGAGAACCUGGAGAACCAUCUGGAGAAGUUCAAGAAGACUGAAAACAACAUCAACAACAUCAGCUUGGAGGUAAAUGAUGGUCUGGAUGAAGAGUUUUCAAGGUGA